AUUUAUUUCUCUUGGACUGUGACUUUUACUGUUCUCCGGAAGUAGAAACCAGGAACUUCCAACACUGUUUGCGCGUUCGUGUUGGAGGUCACUUUGAUUUACAAGUAUGGGUGGGGAUCAUGGACACGGAAAGCUGCCGAUGCCGGACUACCGGGUGUGGAAGAUUGAAGGGACGCCGCUGGAGGUGACCCAGCAGAGGCUGGCCCGCAGAGGACUCCAGGACCCCUGGCUUCGGAACGAGGCGUGGAGGUUCGCGGGCAGCUUCGGGGUGCCGGUGACCCUCAGAGACGUGCUCAUGCGGGGCUUCAAGACGGGCUUCGCUGCGUUCGCAGUCGCUCUGGCCGUGGAGUACGCUUUCUUCCCGCCCAAGAAGAGCGAGCACUGAUCAUGUGACUGACGUGCGUGUGUGUGUGUGUGUGUGUGUGUGCGUGGUGCAGGUUUGAAGCCUGCGCUCAUUCUCCUGUGUUUCCCUCGACCAGUCUGUACAAUAAAUAUAACUUAAGUGAUUUGGA